GGACAUUCUAUAUACUAUCCCGGCGCCUGCCAGUGGUUUCCUUCCACAACCAAACCUCUCCACCUCUCUCUUCUACUAAUACCCCCCGUCACCAAAAACCAUACUCUCCAUCUCUUCUCACUCUGACCAACCAUGACCAUGUUCCAGUCCAUUCUUGACUGCAUCCUGGGAUCUUCUCCCGACACCCAUCAAACCAUUGCGGCCUCCCCCGCCUACCUCGCGUCCGACAUUGUCACCACCAUCAUCACCAGAGACAGCAUCGAAAGCAUCCACAAAGACCUGAAUGAGAAAAUCAAAGCCAAUGGAUGGAGUGACUCGAUCGCGCAGGCUAUUCUCCGCGGCCUCAACGAUGCCAUCAAUGCGGGGGCAGAAAUGGCCCAUCCUGCCACCGAUGCUUUGAACAAGGCAAAAGAAGCGGCAGUGGGAUUUGCGGAGGAGCACCCAGUGUACACCACCCUCCUUGCCUUGGGGGUGUUGGCGAUUCUACUACCGUGGGUGCUGGAAGUACUGGGGUUUGGAGAGUUGGGACCGAUCGCCGAGUCCUUCGCCGCCAGAUGGCAAUCUACAUACGCCGGUUAUGUGCAUCGUGGUGCCCUUUUCACGUACUUCCAGCGGCUGGGUAUGAAGUGGCACUGGUAGGUUGAAGAGUCUAUUAGUCGGGCAGAUCGUGCUGAGUCGAGAGUCAUCUGGUGGCACACAUGAUAUGCGUGAUGGGAUAUUUGGGGAGGCAACAAGGGAACGCGUGAAACUAGCUAGAAAAGUUGUCAAUAUACCUUUCUUUGGUGAGGGG